UCCAAGAUAUAUGCUAAAGUGCUAACAAUAAUUUUAAUACACAACUGUUUCACCAAGAGGUCAAUAGCUUUCCCCGCAAGUCAAAACCUUCUCUCUCUCCUCUCCGCCAUGUCAAAAUUCGCCAUCAACGGGCAGCUUAUCUUGCUACCGGAGGUUUCAACCACCAACUCUCAUCUCCCCACUCCCCGCAAACACUCAGCUCCUUCUUCCUCUCACGAACUCCUCAACAACGCUCCUUCCCCUCGCUUCCCAUCUCUUAUAUGUUGCUGCAGCUCACCUAACCGGAACACGGAGCCUUCCUCUAGCGGCCAUCUCCUCAAAUCGCUGGGAAAGUCUCUUUUCUUCGGCUCGAUUUCGCCCGCCGCGUCUCAGUUCUCCUCGACUUUCAGCGGCGGAGGAGGAGGAGGAGAUGGUGGCUUAUGGAGGGACUUGUUCUCUCUGGCGACUCCAGUGGCCGUCGCAGACGAGAAACACUCACCGGACUGGGAUUCUCACGGGUUACCGGCGAACAUUGUGGUUCAGCUGAACAAGCUCAGUGGUUUAAAAAAGUACAAAAUCUCCGACGUUCUCUUCUUCGACCGGCGGAGCAAAACCACCGCCCCCGCGGAAGACUCACUCUCCGAGAUGGUACCGAUUCAUCCAGGAGAAAUCCACACAAAAGCUCAACUUCAGAACGACCUAGAAACCCUAACUUCUUCAGGUAUGUUCGAAAAAGUCGAUCUCUUGGGGAACACGAAACCUGACGGAACCCUAGGUCUCACAUUCUCUUUCGUGGAGAGCACGUGGAAAUCCGCGGAGAGGUUCCGUUGCAUCAACGUCGGGCUAAUGACACAACCUAAGCCCGUACCCACUGACUCGGAUAUGACGGAUAGAGAGAUGAUUGAGUAUUAUAGGAACCAGGAGAAGGAUUACAAACGGAGGAUCGACAAGGCGAGGCCUUGUAUGCUUCCAGGACCGGUUCAAAGAGAGAUGAUGCUUAUGCUUAGGGAUCAGAAGAACGUUAGUGCCAGCCUUCUGCGGAGGAUCGGUGAUAGAGUUGUGAAAUGGUAUCGAGACAAUGGGUACGCGUAUGCAAACGUUACCAACUUUGGGAGCUUGAACUCUAAGGAACUUGUCUGUGAAGUCUCUGAAGGAGACAUAACAAGGGUUGUUAUCCAGUUUCAAGACAAGCUUGGUAAUGUGGUUGAAGGUCACACACAGAUUCCUAUCAUCCACAGGGAAAUUCCCAAACAGCUACGUCCAGGUCAUGUGCUCAACAUGAAAGCUGCGAACCAAGCUGUGAAGAACAUUUUUUCUUUGAACUUGUUCUCUAACGUCGAGAUCAUUCCCCGGGCCGAUGAGAAAAACGAAGGAGGUGUUAUUGUUGAGAUCAACCUUAGGGAGGCAGAUAAGAAAUCAGCAGAAGUCAGUACAGAAUGGAAUAUUGUACCUGGACCUGGAGGAGCUCCUUCAUUGGAGUCGUUCCAGCCAGGAGGAUCUGUUAGUUUCGAACACAAAAACAUCCACGGUCUUAACCGAACCUUCAUGGGUUCAGUGACCACUAGCAACCUCUUAAAUCCUGAGGAUGAUCUUGCGUUUAAGCUCGAGUAUGUACACCCACAUCUGGACGGUGUUUACAAUUCUCGAAACCGUAUCUUCAAAACAAGCGCCUUCAACAGCAGAAAACUUAGCCCAGUGUUCACUGGGGGCCCCGGAUUUGAGGAACUAGUGCCUCCAUUGGUGGUGGACCGAGUUGGACUGAAAGCUAAUAUUACCGAGAACUUCACCCGUCAGAGUAAAUCCACUUAUGGACUUGUGUUGGAAGAGAUAACAACCAGAGAUGGAAACAUUCAAAUCUGUAAAAGUGGUAUGAGGUUAUUACCUGAUGGAGGAACCAGUGAUGAUGGACCUCCAACAACUCUAAGUGGCACCGGUGUUGACCGUGUAGCGUUUCUACAAGCCAACGUAACCAGAGACAACACCAAGUUUGUGAAUGGUGCCAUUGUUGGAGAUAGGACUGUCUUUCAGGUGGAUCAAGGAUUGGGUAUAGGAAGCAAGUGCCCUUUCUUCAACCGCCACCAACUAAGUUUGACAAAAUUCAUUCAGCUGAAACGUGUUAAAGAAGGAUCCGGUAUACCACAACCGCCUGUGCUAGUCCUCCAUGGCCAUUACGGUAGCUGUGUAGGUGAUCUUCCAAGCUACGAAUCUUUUGCUAUUGGUGGACCUAACUCUGUUCGUGGCUACACCAUGGGAGAGCUAGGUGCGGCGAGAAACAUUCUCGAGUUGAGUGCUGAGAUUAGAGUCCCUGUGAAGAACACACACGUGUAUGCAUUUGCUGAGCAUGGCAACGAUUUAGGGAGCUCAAAGGACGUGAAGGGGAAUCCAACGGCGGCUUACAGGAGAAUGGGACAUGGCUCAUCGUAUGGUUUGGGUGUGAAACUAGGCCAAGUACGUGCUGAGUAUGCUGUAGAUCACAAUCGUGGAACCGGCGCUUUCUUUCUCCGGUUUGGAGAGAGGUAUUGAAGUUAAACCCAAAAAUAAUAAACCUUAUGUAAUCUGAACUUAGCCGUAUGAGGAGCUUAAACUAUAGUUUUUGAACGAUUUUACUGAAAACAAAUCAGACUAUUCAU